AUUCUGGUUCUUUAAAUUUGCAACAGCGCUUGCAAUUAGCGUUGGAGCUUUCUUCAUACCAGAGGGACCAUUUACAACUGUGUGGUUUUAUGUAGGUAUGGCUGGAGCAUUCUGCUUUAUUCUUAUUCAGUUGGUCUUGCUUAUUGACUUCGCCCACUCCUGGAACGAAUCUUGGGUUGAAAAAAUGGAGGAAGGAAACUCAAGAUGCUGGUAUGCAGCUCUACUGUCGGCUACAGCUGUCAAUUACCUGCUGUCCUUAGUAGCUAUUGUCUUGUUUUAUGUGUAUUACACUCAUCCAGAAGGUUGUUCUGAAAACAAGACAUUCAUCAGUGUUAAUAUGCUGCUCUGUAUUGGUGCUUCUAUAAUGUCAAUUCUGCCGAAGAUUCAGGAAUCUCAGCCAAGAUCUGGUUUGCUGCAGUCUUCUGUGAUCACAAUUUAUACGAUGUAUUUGACUUGGUCAGCUAUGACCAAUGAACCAGAUAGGCGCUGUAACCCAAGUUUGCUGAGCAUCAUUGGUUACAACAGCACCACCAUUCCAACCCAAGGUCAGGUAGUUCAGUGGUGGGAUGCGCAAGGAAUUGUUGGACUGGUUUUGUUUUUGCUGUGUGUUCUCUACUCAAGCAUCCGAACGUCCAACAACAGCCAAGUGAACAAGCUGAUGCUGACCAGCGAUGAAUCGACACUGAUAGAGGACGGAAUGCCCAGGAGUGACGGCUCCCUCGAUGAUGGAGACGAUGUUCACCGAGCCAUCGAUAACGAGAGGGAUGGGGUUACUUACAGUUACUCCUUCUUUCAUUUCAUGCUUUUCCUGGCAUCGCUGUAUAUCAUGAUGACGCUUACCAACUGGUACAGUCCGGAUUCUUCUUACGAGACAAUGACCAGCAAAUGGCCGUCUGUCUGGGUGAAGAUAUCUUCCAGCUGGAUUGGCAUCGUGCUCUACGUGUGGACUCUGGUUGCUCCACUGGUUCUUACAAACCGUGACUUCGACUGAGCUGUGCUGCUCUCGAGGAAGGCUGUGCUGGCUUCACCGUGCCCUUGAAACACGCAGCGUUCCGGAUAGCAGUGCAGUUGUAAAUACGUGUGUGUGCGCGCGCGUGCACUAUCCAUGUAGUGAACACCCUGCUCUGUUCUGCAUGAUUACCUUGAAUCAUGUCUUUUGUCAUUUCACUAAAGGACAACUUCUAGCUGAGCUCAGUGACAACUGCUAUAAUGGUGGUUUUCAUAGGAUUACUCCUAGACUGAGUGCUCCGGGAGCAUUAGAUGUAAGAUCAGGACCUUUUGGAAGUAGGUUUUUUUGUUUCCCCUCA